ACUGUCAAAACGUGUAUGUUGGUGGUGGCAUUUUGCCUUGCAUCGCAUUUUCUUCAUCCCAGUAUUUUAUCGGUGAAAAACGUGAAAAAAAACAUAGAUUCUGUACAAAAAUAACAGAAUUAGUGAUAGCGAAGUGAAAUCUCUUGAGUGGAUGUGUAAAAGUGUAAAUAGGUGCUGAAUUUUGCUCUUCCGUAUUUUUUUUCUCCUUGGAAUUUUCAGAGGUGAUUUCGUGGGGCUGGGUUACGUGACGUGCAUGUGAGAGGGUGAGGAAGAGUGCCUGUGUUUGACAGUGCUUGGAACAAAACCGAUUUAUCGUGAGUUCCUGCCUACGCGACAGAAAAUCUAAACAACGAAAAAAUCAAGUGCGGAAGAGACGUGUGCUGAUCCAGUUGAAAAAGUUGAUUUUAGGGAUAAUUUGUAACGCAUUUCCAGUAAAUAUAGCAGAAAGUAAGGAUUACCAACUACAAGUGGUGAUUCACAUGAAAUGAGCUACUCAAGAGGCCAAUAUUACGAGCAAAGCUCUCGUUCUCGUAGCCGUGAUCGGAAGUAUCGCCGUGAAUAUCGUGAUGAUGGCUAUCGGUACAGCUCUUCCUACGGUGGUGGUGGCGGCGGUGGUUCCGAGUAUGCAGGGGGCCGCAGUGGUGGCGGAAGCUAUGGCGCCGGCCGCCGAAGCUCCCGGCCAUCGCAUGCCGUCGAGUCACAGUCACAUCAUCACGGUGGCGGCGGCGGCAGCGAGUACGACGAGAGCAAGUUCGUUCUGGCCGUGUUCAAUUUGAGCAUUUACACCACCGAAUCGGAACUGUACGACGUGUUUUCCAAGUUCGGCCCACUGAAGAAGGCAACCGUAGUGAUCGAUGCGAAGACCGGCCGUUCCCGUGGGUUCGGUUUCGUGUACUUCGAGAGUACCGAGGACGCCAAGGAGGCGCACGAACAAGCCAACGGCAUUGAAAUCGGCGACCGGCGGAUACGCGUUGACUUUUCGGCAACGGAGAAACCACACGAUCCUACGCCGGGCGUGUACUAUGGCAAGGUAAGCUACCCGAAGGGAGGUGGCGGCGGUGGAGGCGGUGGCUACGGAGGGGCACCUCCUUUGGGGCCACCUGCCCCGGUGGCUGCACCUGGCGGUGGCGGCGGGUACUAUCACUGUCGGGCUUGUGAGAUUGAGGCCCGGGAACGUGAACGAUGGGAACGUGAGUCACGGCGCUACGGAAAUGGCAGCAGGGACUACUACUACCAGGACAAGUAUGCGGCACCGGAGCCUCCACGAAGCCGCGAUCGCUCAGGCAUGUCCCGAUCCCGAAGUGACUACUACCGAGGUGGUGCAGGUGUUCGCUGACAGUGGGCACCGAUUGCUACCAUCGCACCCGCACCACCUGCCCUGCCCGUUGGGUAUCCUGCUCCGAUGAUGCUGAUGAUGUAAACAUUUGGAACGUAAAUAAUGUCACAAAAUGAAAUUUACUGAUUUCCUUACUAGCUAUCACUCGGUGCCAUCGGGAGGUGACCCAAUAUCCAGACAUUGUUGAACUUCUCUGGUGGUUGUGAAGGGUGAUAAUAAGAACUCGCAUCGUCGAUCGAUCGAUAUUUAUUGUACAAUAAAUGUAAAUGUGUGUAUCUAAUGCACAAAACUUCAUAUUCAACAGACUACUCGUACAUAUUAUAAUAUUAUACUUAUAUAUCUACUGACACAAGGAACACAUUGAAUGAUAACUGCAUUGAUGAAAAAGAUAGCAUGUAACCAAUAAGAUAUAGUAGUUGGAACCUCACGGUAAAAAUGUCGAAUAUCUAAUGAAAUUCUCUUGAAUAAAUAUUUUAGAGAGACUCAUGUAAAA